UCACUGCAGCUGAGAUGAGGAAAUUAGUCAUAUCCCUAGCUGUGCUGGAACUGAUAGUCCUGUCCUUGGGUCAUAAUAGUCCCUGGGAGCAGCAGCCCACUCCGAUCAAGAAGGUGCCAGUGCCAGUGCCUGUUCCUGUGCCAGUUCCUGUUUAUACCAAAGAAGGCGGCGGUGGAGGAGGAGGAGGAGGAGGAGUAGGUGGCGGCGGCGGUGGCGGCGGCGGAGGAAGCGGAAGUGGGGGUGGCGGCGGCGGUGGAGAAAUCGGCGGCACUUGCCCGCGUCCUUCUCCCGAAGCUUUACGGUGCCUUCGGGAAUGGGCCUGUCAGUACGUCAUCCGGCUGGAUCUGCGCUGCCUGCUCACUUUAAAUGGCAACCCAUUGCUGGGCAAUCUCAUUUCCAUACCCGGCAUCACCGGAGGCGGCAGCAGCGGCGGCGGCGGUGGCAUCUUGGGUGGCAUCCUGGGUGGCAAAUAGGACCACUCGCUGGCGAAAAUGUGCUCACAUUAAACCCAAUAAAGUUGCUCCCGCACUGGCAAAAAUACUGGCUUAGUAUAAAAUCAAGUUUAAUUUGAAAAUGCUUUCCAUUCACAAAAUUUGAUGGCUACUAGGCUGCAUAAGAUAUAUCAUAAAAACAAAAAAUGCAAAUUAA